CCUCCUGUUCCUGAGCACCCCGUCGGUAUGCCGGGUCCAGCUCCUCCAAGUUCCCUCGCACCCACCGAUCCAGCCAUAGACGGUCGUCGGGCCAAGAGGGAGUUGUCCAACUCAAAACGUGCUGCUCAGAACCGAGCUGCUCAGCGGGCUUUCCGUCAGCGGAAGGAGGGUUACAUCAAGAAGCUGGAACAGCAAGUCCGUGACUAUAGCGAGAUGGAGAACCAGUUCAAGAUGUUGCAGACCGAGAACUACUCCCUGCGGGAGUAUAUCGUGCAUCUGCACGCGCGCCUUGUCGAUGCGCAGGUCGAACCUCCUCAGCCACCCCCUAAUGUCAACCUGAACAUGGCGCCCGGUGUUCCCGGCCCGCACGCGCAUGCUUUGCCUCCACCAGUUCACGACCCCGUCGGCUCUCCCCCCGCCGAGCCGACCCCCAACACAGGUUCAGCAACAGGCGCUGCGACCUUGGACGCUGUUGCGCAGGCCGUGCAGAGCUUGAGCCGUUCCGAGGCUGCCUACAAACAUCAAGUUGCCGACCCCGAGAGCCACGCUGUGGAGGAUCAGCGCACGGCCGAGGAGAUCUCGCGGCAACUG